GGAAAGUUCCAAGCCCGUCCAAAGGGCUACCGAGCCGCUGAGUUGAAUGAGGAAGGUGAAGAGCAAACUGAAGGAGAACAGGAGCCUGAUGAGGAGGCAGAGCAGCAAGAAGAGUGGUCGGAAGCCGGUGAGACUGAAUCUGAGUUGCGUUUGAGUGCCUUUAUCCCUGUUGGUGCAGAGAUUUCGUCAGGUCGUGCCGUCGGUUCUUCAGAUUUGCCUCUUUUGUCCACCAAUGCGCCGAGUUUGCCAGCGGUCAAUCCAUCCUUAGUUUACUGGAAGAGUUGCAAGCCGAGAGUUUUUGACCCUAUGGCAUCCCAAAGCAUUCCAGUUUCGAACAGUUGUUCGGUCUUGGAGGAAGUUUCAGAAACUGAGUCGCUGAUUACUAUCAGUGAAGCUGGAUUGGAGAUCUCAGAUGAUGAAGAAGAUUUAGAUCUUCGUUUCGCACUAGCUCUUUCAAAAGUCGAAGCUUUGACAGCAGUAAGUAACAACCAGCACACACCUGCAGCCAGUUUUUGCAAUGGGAAUUCCACUUUUGAUGCGUGGCUUCCGGAUCCCCAGUCAGUCGAUGUUGACUGCGAAGUGAGCGCAAGCUUUUUGAGCGACUGCAGCCGCGUUCCGAAUUUUGACGAACAUGUUGGCUUUGAAUUGACGAGUCCACAGUCGUCACACUUGCCUUUCACUUCACUGGAUCAUGCAACCUUAUCACAUGACUCUUUAGAAUCUUUAGAAGAGAUGCCACAGCUUUUGGAUUCCGAUGUUGUAGAGCCCAAUUUGAACUCCGUACAUGGUGUUGAUCGACCGUUUGCAUGUCAUGUCCCACUGCCUGCGUUUUGCAGGUGCCCACGACCAACUUCAUCUUCAGAUGAUAUCCCAAGUGUUGCGAGCUCUGCCAGAGAUGCUGCACACCACUUGUCAAAUGAGACAUCAUUUGGACUUGCAGCCAUUCUGGAAGAGAUCAGCUUGAAGCAAUCUGGAAACCAGUUUUCAUCGGUUUUGGUGCCUUAUAAAAUUGCUUUUCAACAGUUUGCAGAUUGUUCCCAUCGUUUUUCAGAGCUUUGUGACAUCUUCACUGGUGUGGACCUCAAUACGGCAGUCAUUCAGUUGAACGGUUGUGGACAACAUGAGAUUUCGAGUAUGGAGCAUGAGGAAGAAUCGUGUUUCAUGCCACCGUUUUGA